AUGUCGCCCCCAAAUACCAGUGCCACAUUCCGCUACGUCUGUAACCCCUCUCCUGUCCCUUCCCAACCCACCCCCAGACAACACGAACCAUAUUUCCACCUCAGCGCCUCCCUCCGCACCGCACCAUCUCCCUCUCAUCCCCAGCCUACAAACCUGACCUUUACGUACGGGGAUCCAGUACCGAUUUGCGAUAUCCGAGGCUAUUCCGAGCAAGAGUUCAGGCUGGACACGCACGGCUUCACCGUCUUGAGACAUGAGUCAGCGGUGCGGAAUUGGGGGGAUCGUGAGACGGUAGAGGAUUUGUAUUUUAGGGAGGUGCAGGGGUUGGUGAGGCAAGUUUUAGGAGAACGGGUUAGGGUGGUGAUUUAUGAUUGGAGGUUGAGGCGGAGUCUGGAUGGGGAGGAGAAGGAGGAGGGAAAGGGUGCUGGGAGGGUCAGGUACGAACAGCCGCUGCCCACUGUACACAUUGAUCAAACGACAAAAGGCAUGGUAAAGCGCGUGCGUCAUUGUAUGGGCUCUGAGGCAUCGGAACUACUUCAAGGGCGCGUGAGAAUGAUAAAUCUAUGGCGUCCAAUAUACCACCCGAUAAUCAACUGGCCUCUCGCUCUCUGCGACGGCAGCACAGUGUUACCCUCCGCCCUCAUCCCAACCACAUUCAUCACGCCCAACUACGUGGGCGAAAUGUACAACGUCAUGUACCGCCCCGAACACACUUGGUAUUAUUUGAGCGAGCAGACACCGGCCGAGGUGUUGAUGUUCAAGAUUGCGGAUUCCAAGGAGGAUGUGGGUGCGAAAUAUUGCCCGCAUGCCUCGUUUCGAUUGAGAGGGGGACCUGGGGGGGCGGGGUCGAGGGAGAGUGUUGAAGUUAGAGUCUUGGUGUUUGGGGGGGAUUGA